GUCUGCCUGUGAUUGUGUUGGGCAGACGCAUCGUCAUACUAUACUGGGCAAAAAGGACGCAUGUUCAUUUAUAUGAUUUAUUUACAGGUAAAAUAUCAUUAGAGUAUGUCGUCGUUGUACAAACCGUUUUCUGUUUCGGAGAGGCCGUGUAAAGAUGCGGUUUUGAAACAAGGAUGCACACCGCAACAGCAUCCCGCGCCGUUGACCCGGAUUCUCUCCGCACCAUGUUAUGGUCCUGGCGGCGGCUCGACGCGCACUUUUACCCCAAUUCCCAACAUUUAUUCCGGUCAAAGAAAUUUAGCGGCCGCCGCCAUCGGAGGGAGAAAAAUCACCCAUCCGUGGAAAGCUAUCCUUGCAGGUGGUAUUGCAGGAGGUAUUGAGAUCUGCAUCACAUUCCCUACGGAGUAUGUGAAGACCCAGCUACAGCUAGAUGAAAGAGCAAACCCUCCUCGGUACAGAGGCAUAGGAGACUGUGUGAAGCUGACGGUGCAAGAUCAUGGGUUGAGAGGUCUGUACAGAGGGCUUAGCUCGCUGCUCUAUGGAUCCAUCCCGAAAUCGGCAGUACGGUUUGGAAUGUUCGAGGUCCUUAGUAACCCCAUGAGAGAUGCCACGGGUCGGCUUGACAAUAAAGGAAGUUUGUUGUGUGGACUCGGAGCGGGAAUAGCUGAGGCAGUGUUGGUGGUUUGUCCGAUGGAGACAGUGAAGGUGAAGUUCAUUCAUGACCAGUGCUCUCUGAGGCCACGCUACAGAGGGUUCUUUCAUGGUGUGCGAGAAAUUAUCAGAGAUCAAGGUUUUCGAGGGACAUAUCAAGGACUGACUGCUACACUUUUGAAACAGGGUAGCAACCAGGCAAUACGCUUUUAUGUAAUGAAUUUGUUGCGCAACUGGUACAAAGGUGAUGAUCCUGCUUGUGAGAUGCAUCCAUUAGUUACAGCAUUGUUUGGUGCCACAGCCGGAGCGGCGAGUGUUUUUGGGAACACACCGCUUGAUGUGGUGAAGACCAGAAUGCAGGGUUUGGAGGCUUAUCGCUACAAGAGCACAAUGGACUGCGCUUUCCAGAUUCUGAAGAAUGAGGGCCCUCAAGCGUAUGUUUGUACUCCAUCAUUUGUUUCAACAGCCAUACAUUUUGUUUUCUUUUGCCUAAAUCUUUUCUAUUGUUUGUUUUGCAUUACAGGUUCUACAAAGGCACAGUCCCACGACUGGGCCGAGUGUGUCUGGACGUAGCCAUUGUCUUUGUUCUCUACGAGGAGGUUGUGAAGCUACUGAACAACAUCUGGAGAACAGACUGAAGAUGGACUUGGCCAUAAGUCUGCACAGAACUGAUUUAGAAUGAGACAGAGUGGACUAUCCAAACACAGUUGGCCUCGUCAAUCAAGUUAAAAGACCCUGACAUCAACUGUGACCUCAGGCCCAGAGGAGUGGAUUAAACUAGCCAUCUGUGUCAGUAUAGAUCAGCGGGAGAUGUUGAAGACAGGCCCUUGAGUCAUAAGAAAAGAAACUCUAGCUUAUAUUACACACAAAAUUGAUUAAUACAAGGAUGAAUAGUGUAUCAUUAAUUUGCACUCUUCACUUCUGUAAAGUCAUGCAAGUGUCUUCUCAUCGCCAUGCUUUUAUAUAAAUUGUCGGGAGACAAUCCACUUAUGUGGCAUGAAAAAUAUAGUAGCGCAAACAAGUUUAGGGUACACAAAUUGGUAACACAUUACAGUAAAGGUGUAAGUUAACAUUAGUUAACGCAAUAGGUUAACAUGAACUUACAAUGAACAAUACUGAUCGCGUUUACAUGCACAUUCUUACGCCGAUUAUGCUUAAUAAGCCGACUUGCGUGGUAAUGUAAACACAUUAAACAGCUGUCCUUUAUUGGUGCACGGUCAUAAAGGGCGCAAGAAUAAAUCGAUCGACAGGUAGAUUUUUGCCCAUUACCCUGAUUUUGCAUUGCAUUUAAACAUCUUUACCGGUGUAGUGUUGAAUUUUGACUCUAGUGUCCUAAUGUUAAGGGUUAGGUGUAGGGAUGGGCUUUAAGGAUAGGGACCAAUGAGGUUAGGGGUGGGGCUUUAGGGAUGAGGGCCAAUCAGGAAGCAGGGAGUCAGAAUAUGGCGGCGAGUCAGAUUUCUGCACAUGCCUCUUCGCUGUUUGACGUAAAAAGCAGAGAAUAACUUGAUUCGUUCAAAUCUCAUGCAUGCAUUUUUUUUUUUUUUGGCUUUUAAAAAAAUCAGGCUGAUGGUUACAGCAUUUAUUAAUAUUGUUGAUUUCAACAUCUGGUAACACUUUUUUACAGUGUCUGUGCUACACAUAUUACUAUUAAUAAUUACUAUAGCAAUAACGAUACCAAUAUGUAAAUAUAGAAGUAAAUACAUAGUAAAUACAUGUAGUUCAUUAGUAUUCCUCAGUAAAAACCUAUUUACAUAGAACAUUAAAUGCCAGUGCAUUAUAAACUAAAAACAAACAAUAGGAUAUUUAUAAAUAAACUUUAAGAUUAAUAAAUGUUGUAACAACAUUUGUUAAUUGUUAGUUCAUGAUACCUAAUGCAUUAACUAAUGGUAAUAGAACCUUAUUGUGAAGUGUUACCAAAAUAUCGAUGUAAUCCACACUUUUCUUCAUUCCAGUUUACAUUUACAGUUAGUGCUUGAGUAACACUAAAAGAAGCACUGAAAAUGGUUUAAAUGUAUUUUGUGGCUUUGUAAAAAUUCAAAUAGGUCUUAAUGUUUUCAUGCAGCUCAAAACUGGUUGAAGCCCAGACAUUUGUGUUGAAAAGAACUUGCAUGCUUGAAUGAUAUUGUCUGGUAUUGUGACAGAAAGCCAGGCCAUUCAAGCCUUCCAGAGCCAACUAUCUAUGCGAUUAUCAAGUCACUGAAACAUGCCAAAGCGGGAACAGCUGAACCAUUGCUCCUUUUUGCUAUAUGUAAUUUUCAGUGUUUUUUUAUUUUUUU